AUGCCUGGAGUCCAGGGUUCGAGAUGGCCGAGCAGAUGUGCAUGGCUAUUGUUUGACGAGGUCCAAGAAUCUUACUGGGACGAUAGCCUCCGACUGGAUCUCUUCGGAGAAAUUGUCGCAAGCAAAGUGCAUUUUCUAUUGCCCAUGCAUUCCGGAACCGAUCAUACGGCAUAUGCCCUAACCCCAACUCGCCCAGUCUACUGCUACCGCAAGAUGAAGCAAUUGUCUUCCAAAAAUCCACCGACAGCACGAAUGUUGAAUUCGAAGAAGAACUUGCUUGCUGGCUCUUUAACCACUUUUCGAGCAUACAGCCAAAUGAUGACUGACAUUACAGAGAUGCAUCGGCUAUGCUUACCAGAAAACGAUCCCUUUGACUGGUCAAACCCGGUGUCUACCGACCUCGCGUAUAAUGGGAAAUUUUGGCAACGGACACUGCAUGGUUACAAGGCGAACUAUGACGCCUUGUGGCGUAUCCCGGCAUCACUGAAACAUCUGUCGGAGGAACGGUCGAUGCCAACGAGCCCUAAAUUGUCAAUUAGUGCAAGAGACAUCCUGGGGCCCUCGACUACUUUAUGGCACCCUAUUCUUGGGAAUCUCCAACCAUUCCGGGAAUUCUUAGACGUUGCAAAGAAAUGGGUUCCGACUAAAAGACACUCCAACGCAUUUGGAAAAGCGGAUGGUUAA